AUGGCGCGCACUAAACCCCGCGCGCUCCCAGCGCUGGGCCUCCUAGCCGCCGGACUCGCAGCAACCGCGCAAAUAGUAUACGCUGCCGACGGCGUCGUCCAUCUCGACAUCCAACGGCGGAGUACGGUGCAUAAGCGGGCUCUCGACCGUCGCGCCAACACGAUUGUCGAGACGAUUGACAAUGACGUGCAUCAGGGCGCCUACAUGGCGGACGUGAAAGCCGGCACGCCGCUGCAGACGCUGACUUUGCAGCUGGAUACGGGGAGCAGCGACACUUGGGUGGUGUAUACUGGGUCGUCGAUUUGCAAGGGCGGAGACUGUGCCGAUGGCAGCUUCGACCCCAACAAGUCAUCCACCUACACCACCAGGCUAGCCCAAGGCGCCUUCUCCAUCUCCUACGUGGACCAAUCCUCCGCCAAAGGCGACUACUUCAACGAUGUCUUCCAAAUCGGCGGCGGCACACUCCGCAACCUAACCAUGGGCAUCGGCCUCACCACCGACAUCCCCUUCGGCCUCGUCGGCGUGGGCUAUCCCUCCAACGAAGCCGGCGUCGACUCAGGCACCAUCCAACCUUACCCGAACCUCCCCCUCCAAAUGGUCAACGAAGGCCUCACCCGCACGCCCGCCUACAGCAUCUGGCUCAACGAUCUCGAGUCCAGCGCCGGCAGUUUGUUGUUUGGCGGCAUCGACACCGCCAAGUUCCGCGGCCCGCUCACCCGUCUGCAGCUGUACCCCACCAAGGGCGAUUCCACCACCAUCAACGAGUUCGCCGUCGCAUUGACCUCCGUGACCGCCGUCAGCGCCUCGGGGACCGACAAACUCGCCUCCGCCUCCUUCCCAGCCGCCGUGGUCCUCGAUUCCGGCUCCACCUCCUCCUACCUCCCGCCCGAUCUCGCCCAGCAGAUCUGGACAGAAGCCGGCGUCACCCUUAUCUCCUCUUCUUCUUCGUCAUCUUCUUCCUCCAGCAGCAGCGACGACAUCCCCAUAGUCCCCUGCUCCUACAUCUCCUCCACCGCGCACUUCGGCUUCGGUUUCGGCGGUCCCAACGGCGCCGUAAUCCAAGUCGCCAUGUCCGAGCUAGUCCUCAACCAAGUGGGCACCUUCACCUCAGGCGAGCACAACGGCCGCGACGCUUGCCUCUUCGGCAUCCGCGCCGCGUCCGCCGACAGCACCCUCAUCCUAGGCGAUACCUUCCUGCGCUCGGCGUUUGUGGUGUAUGAUCUGGCGAAUGAUGAGGUCGCGUUGGCGCAGACGGUGUUUAAUGUGACGACGUCGAAAGUGGUGCCGUUUGCGAGUUUGAGUGCGACUGUGCCGAGUUCGACGCCGGCGCCGAGUCAGGCGAGUAUUGCGGAGGGGGUGGUUACGGAGACGCCGAAGCAUUUUACGGCGGAGAAGGGGUUUAAGAGUGCUGCUGCGAGAGAGUUGGGUGCGGUGGUGUUGGCUGUGGGGAUGUCGGUUGGAGUGGGGUUGGCGAGUUUCUUUGUGCUUUAG